AAAUAUUCAGGUGCUUUACAUACACUUCAUGUAUGUCUUCCUAUACGGAUCCAGACGAGCGUUAUAUAAUUCAUUUACACCUAAGGUAGACCCCGUGUAUCUUCUCUAUACAUAGCAAGUAUGUCUGACUUUGAUUUUGAGUUUGAGAGUGACGAGGACAUGGGAAUGGACGACGACGAUGAAGGAUUCGAUCUAAUCAACGAAAAAGAGGAUAGCAAAGACGAAGCUUUAAGUGCUAGUUACGUAGUACUGCGACCGGCAGAGAUUAUCGAAGACCAAUUGAAGGCUAUUGAUCAUAUCCAUCAAGUGUUUGACACACCGAGACCCACGGCACGCCAGCUGCUGCAACACUACCACUGGGAUGUAGAGCGCCUAUCAGAGAAGUAUUAUGAACGCGACACCCCCGCGCACAUCUUCGAGGCGGCGGGUAUAGCUGACCCUAGCAAAGCAAUGGUGCAGCGCAAAGACAAGGGUGCGGUGGACUGUGAGAUCUGUUACGAGGAAGUGCCACAGGCGGAUGUGUACGGCAUGGGCUGCAACCACUACUUCUGCAAGGAAUGCUGGAAGAUGUACUUAGAGGGGAAGAUACAAGACGAAGGGGUAGCCAGCAACAUCGAAUGCCCGGCAUCGGAUUGCAAGAUACUCGUGGACGAGCUAACGGUCACGGAACUACUAGCAGAGGAGAAACCGGUAUGUCUCAGCAGCGAAGGCGUGGGCGUGGCACUUGCCUGUACUUUGGUGAAGGGCCUUGCGCACGUGGUGAUGCUGAUUUAUUUCGAGACCUUUGUAUGCUUCGCGGUCGUAGCCUACUGGUGGAUAUGUACAGGCCAAAUACCUUUGCAGGCCUGGAAUACACGAACAGCGUCACUUCACACGCUAUAAAACCAACUCGCACGAAUUACCGGUUGUUUUUACCAAAUUGAGAUGUUUAUGUGUGCAUGUGACUCUAUAUAUCCUAGUACCGGAGUACAUCUAUAAACGCAUUCAUUCAGCGGUGUCUUCCGGCUUGAUCGGCCUCUUCUAUAAAGCCGAGAAUUUUGAAGGGUUCACUUUAUUUUGCAUUCGAUUUCACUCCG